AUGAACUCCAAGUGCCAAUACAUCAACAACAAGAAAUAUAAAAACCAAGAAAUGGGAACUCUGAACCACGGAGGGGGAGCGCUGAGCGUCAGUUAUCUGGAGAAGAAGGUGACAGAGUUGGAGAGCGACAAUCUGGCCAACAGUGACCUCAAGUCUAAGCUCAAACAGGAGAACACACACCUUGUCCACAGGGUGCACGAGCUGGAGGAGCAGGUGAAAGAUGCCGAGGCGCGGGCCGACCAGAGUCUGCAGGAGGAGACCAAGAGGCACCGCGAGGCCUACAGCAAGAUGGACCGGGACAGGAACCUGGAGAUCGACCUGCUCUCUAACAGGCUACAGCUGUUAGAAGAAGAGAACGGAGAGAUAAAGAUAAGUGUGUGCCGACUCAAGUCGCAGACUGAGAAACUGGACCAGGAGAAGCAGAGGAUGACAGACAAGCUAGAGGACACGGGCCUGAGGCUGAAGGAUGAGAUGGACCUCUACAGGAAGAUCAUGGACAAACUGUGGCAGAACCGCCACGAGUUCAACAAGGAGAAGGAGGCCAUGCAGGAGCUGAUCGAUGACCUGCGCCGCGAGCUGGACUACCUGCAGCUGUUUAAGAUGGAGAUGGAGCAUCCAGGGCAGGGCAAGAGCCUCUCAAGGACCAGAGAGACCGAGAUGGAACACGAAGUCAAGAGGCUGAAACAGGAGAACUUUAAGCUGCGGGAUCAGAACGAAGACCUGAACGCUCAGAUCCUCAGUCUGAGUUUGUACGAGGCCAGGAACCUGUUCUCCUGUCCGUCCAAGGCCCAGUGCCUGGCCGCCGAGAUCGACAACGCAUCCAGAGACGAGGUGAGAGCUGCUGGAGGACGGCCUUCAUUAUGA